GCUUUUUAGUAAAUGCGAGACUUUCAAACCGACCGGAUCAAUCGUAUAGGUCAUUCUCUUUGCCGACGUCACGUCGUAUGAUAAAUUUAUUUUGGUCAAUUUUUGCUUAUUUUUCUCCUGAAAUGUCUAAACAACGUGAAAGAACUUUUCUCAUGUUGAAACCCGACGCCGUUCAGCGCGGUUUGGUCGGAGAUAUCAUUGCCCGAUUUGAAAAACGUGGUUACAAAUUGGUAGCCUUAAAAUUCAUGAAUGCAUCUGAAGACCUUUUGAAAAGACACUAUGCUGACUUAUCGUCCAAAUCAUUUUUCAACGGACUCAUAAAAUACAUGAGCUCCGGUCCAGUAGUUCCAAUGGUUUGGGAAGGCAAAGAUGUCGUCAAACAAGGCCGUAGCAUGUUGGGUGAAACUAACCCUUUAGCCUCUUUACCCGGCUCUAUUCGUGGUGAUUACUCCAUCGAUAUCGGGAGAAAUGUGUGCCAUGGCUCUGACAGUACUGAAUCUGCCAAGCAUGAGAUCAGCAUGUGGUUUACUGAAAAGGAACUUGUUAACUGGGACAGCCAUAUGGAUACCUGGGUCUACGAAUGA